CUCCAUCUUUACGGCCCUCCAGUCCAGCGAGACCAUGAUGCUCAGCGGCUCAGUGGAGGUGCCCAGCCCGGGCGGGAUGAGCGGCCUAAGCGGGCUGAGCACGGCGGCUCGGAACGUGGUGCGCUCCUCCAGCAUCUCGGGGGCCAUGUACAGCCUGGAGAAGAGUCCCGGCGGCGGGGGCCCGGACUCCACAUCAUUGGCCGGCAACAAGAAGCGGCGCUCCAGUCUGGGCGCCAAGAUGGUGGCCAUUGUGGGGUUGUCGCAGUGGAGCAAGAGCACACAGCAGCUCAACCAGCAAGAAGGUGGGACUAAGAAGCUUCGCAGCACCAUCCGACGGAGCACGGAGACCGGCAUCGCCGUGGAGAUGAGGAACCGAGUGACACGACAGGGCAGCAAGGACUCAACUGACGGCAGCACCAACUCAAAUAGCUCUGAUGGAACGUUUGUCUUCCCUAUCACACGCCUGGGGCCCGAGAGCCAGUUCAGUGACUUCCUGGAUGGACUGGGCCCCGCUCAGAUUGUCGGCCGGCAAACACUAGCUACACCCCCCAUGGGGGAUGUCCAUGUAGGGAUGGUAGAUAGAGGAGGGCAGCUGGAGGUGGAGGUCAACCAGGCCAGAAGGUUGACCCAAAAACCGGGCUCCAAGAACAUACCAGCAACCUACGUGAAGGUGUAUGUGCUCGAGAAUGGCAUGUGCUUGGCCAAGAAGAAAACCAAAGUAGUGAAGAGGAAUCUGGACCCAACCUACCAGCAGGCUCUGUUGUUUGAAGAGAGUCCUCAGGGCAAAGUCCUACAGGUAAUAGUGUGGGGGGAUUACGGGCGUAUGGACCACAAGUGCUUCAUGGGAAUGGCCCAGAUCCUUCUCGAGGACUUGGACCUGUCUGCCACAGUCAGCGGCUGGUACAAGCUGUUCCCUACCUCCUCUCUGGCAGAUCCCAGCAUCGGACCACUCACCAGACGCCUCUCCCAGUCCUCCCUGGAGAGCGCCACCAGCCCCUCAUGCACCUAGACACCGAGUAGACACCCACAUGCACGGGCACAGGCAGAGUCAAGCAGACACGUACUGUAUAUACACAACGACUGUAAGUGCAAGACAGGUAGGCACACACAUACACACAUAUAUACCCGUGUGUAUCUUUUGAGGAAGACACCUUUGACAUAAAAGUGCAAAUACAUGAUCUCAUCUACAUGAGUACACACACUGACGCGCUGCCAUAUCCUUCACUACGUCCAUAUUCUUACACUUUAGUCAGUACUUUAGUUGUGAAAACAUAGCAAAUUCAACUUGAAGUAGACUUAAUUUACCAGAACAUGUAGCACUUUUCGCCGUCACAUUUCAACAUUUCCUACCAUGACACAGCAAAUCUGCAUUCCAAUGUACCAGAUUGUGGCACGACUCAUCCCGGGUCAUCCUGAUGCCAGUUUCUAAACUCUCUAUGCCAAACUAAGAAAAAAACAAAACUUUAUUUUUUAAAACCAAAGGAAUUGUUAUUGUUGUUAUUACUACUAUAAGUCGUAGGUGAACUAGUAUACAAUAUAAAGUAUGGAUAUGUAGCAGAGUCAAUGACUUAGAUGUAAUGCAAAAAAAAGUACAUACAUUCUACACACAUGAGCUGAGGAACAGGCAAAGACAUUAACAUACCUGGGCAACAGGCUUGGAUAUUCACAUAAUGGCUGUUAUGUGAGGUAGCAACACUGCUAUUCUAUAGU